GGCGUUAGCGCUUGGGGAAUGUCGAAUUUUCGUGGCACCUCCGUGUCCGGCCGCCGGCAUUUGCAUUUGCCUGAACGACCUGGGGGGAUAAAGUGACAUUACCCAGACUCAGCAAUAUGAAUGAAAUAAUCGCCAUCCGUACGCAUUGAUCCCAGAAUACCCAAGGACACAAGUCACCAGCACAAUCACAAUGGCACCAGGCAUCCUCGAAGAUAUAUACCCUCCAACGAUUGCCUCUGACCAGGCUCUCGCGGGGAAACACACCUUCCCGGACAAUGCAGACAGCGAGGAGUACGCCAGAUCUCUCGACUCAUCGGAUCCGUUACGCACAUUUCGCGAGAAAUUCAUAAUCCCUUCGAAAGCGUCGUUGAAGAGGAAAUCACUUGCAGCAAUCGAAAACGACCAAGAUGGAAUAUACUUCUGCGGCAACUCACUUGGUCUCCAACCAAAGUGUAUGUCCAGAUAUAUCCAGGCACAGCUCGACACGUGGUCGUCCAUCGGCGUGGCAGGACAUUUCACCGAACUCGAAGAGUCGCCGUUGAAGCCGUGGCAGUCAAUGGCUGAUUUUGCCGCCGAGCAGUCUUGUCGGCUAGUCGGUGCGGUGACGGGGGAAGUCGCCAUCGCCAAUACACUUACCGUCAACCUCCACUUGUUGAUGGCAUCGUUCUAUCAACCAACGGCAACGCGCAACAAGGUUCUUCUGGAGUGGAAGGCGUUCCCCAGUGAUCACUAUGCGAUCGAAUCGCAGAUCUCGUGGCACGGGUACGACCCGAAGGAGGCUAUGAUCCUGGUCCAGCCUGACGAGGAUCAUGUCAUUUCAACACAAAAGAUUUUGUCGACCAUCGACGAGUACUCUGAUGAGAUUGCGCUGGUAUUGCUCCCCGGAGUUCAGUAUUACAGCGGUCAGUUCCUGGACAUCCCCAGGAUCACAGAGUAUGCCCAUUCCAAAGGCCUGAUGAUUGGCUGGGACCUGGCGCAUGCGGCGGGCAAUGUGCCACUACAACUUCAUGACUGGGGCGUCGACUUUGCAGCCUGGUGUACGUAUAAGUACAUGAACGCUGGCCCAGGAGCGAUUGCGGGCUUGUUUGUACACGAGAAGCACGGAAAGGUCGAGUAUCCCGAGGGUUGCGAUACCCCGGUGUUUCGUCAUCGACUUACCGGAUGGUACAGUGGUGACAGGGCCUCACGGUUUAAUAUGGAUAAUAAGUUCAGACCGAUUCCUGGAGCAGGAGGCUUCCAGAUAUCCAACCCUUCGGCUAUAGAUUUGACGUCCUUAUGCGCGUCGUUGUCGGUGUUUGAAGAGACCUCGAUGGAAGAGCUGCGGAAGAAGUCAUUGAAGUUGACGGCUUAUCUUCAGUAUCUCCUAUUGAAGGGCGGUGCAGAGCAGAAGUUCCGGAUCAUCACACCACUAGAUCCGUCGAAGCGUGGUGCGCAGCUGUGCUUGCUUCUGGAAUCUGGUCUUCUUGAUUGUGUGAGCUCGGAACUGCAGAAGGCAGGUAUUGUGGUCGAUCAGAGAAAGCCUGGCGUGAUCAGAGUAGCACCCGUGCCGUUGUACAACUCAUACCAUGAUGUAUGGGCUUUUACGAGGGUGUUUAGGAAAGCGGUGGGGAUGCAGUGAUGAAGAAGGCAGAAGCAGUCGUGGUG